CAAAGUCUUUAAAAGUGUGAGUGCAUAGAAGAGUAAACUGUCUAGCUGCAAUUGUCUGAUUGUCAUAAUUAUUUCUGUUCCCCCAGGUAUUAAAACGUGAAUCCAGUGUCUCCAAUGCAUUAAUGUGGAAGUAUACUCUGCCUGUAAGUCCAUUCAUCUACUUCCAAGCAAACAAGUGGAGAAAAAAAAAGAGAAAUAGCUGAAGCUUUUCAUUUCCAAGGAUGUCAACUGACACUCUCCAGCCAUCUUCACGGAGAAUAAUAAGGCUGGCUGUAACUCCUGGCACUCCAAGUCGCAACCUAGAGUCCAGUUGUCAAGUCAAAUCAUCUCCAGGCAUACGCAAACCAAGUGCGGUGGAACGUUUGGAAGCAGACAAGGCCAAGUACGUCAAGAGCCAACAGGUGGCUUUGAAGAAGCAGCAGCCAGUUAUUUGUCCAUCCAACAACAGCCAAAGUGGACAAGGUGCUCAACAGCCAUCAAGGAAGAUCCCUGCAAGACCUACAAAGUCUGAGACGCCACCCCUUAACCUGGAACAUCUUUGCAAGCUGAUUGAUGGAGUCAGUGAUGCCACAGUUCCAGUGGUUUCUACACAACCCAGCAGCAAUGAGAAAGAUGCUACAGAUCCAUGCAAGGCCACUUCUCCAACACUGGAAGAACCUUCUCUGGGGUCGACUUCUGCAAGUCAAGGAAAAGCUGCAGUAGAAGCCUCAGGGGCAAGCGGAUGUCCUACCAUGACAGUGCGGAGAGUCGACGUCAGACCCCAGUUACCUCAGAUGAGGAUGGCCGGUAGACCACAGCUACAGAACCGGCCACCAGUGCAACAGACCACACCUCAGGCCCCAAUACAACUUCUGCGCUUGCUUAGACCGUACACACAACCAAAUCAGCAGCCAAUUGAUUUCAAAAGGCUCCAUAAUGACACACAAACAAAUGCCACCCGUGGACCUAUUAAACCACCAAACUGUGCUGCGCAAACCUCACCUUCUUCCAAAUCCCCAACUAGCCCACCUCUACCCCUCUCCAUAAAACCAAUCACAGAACCAUUAUCGUGUCCCUCACUGACCCCACUUACUCCAAACUCCAUUGCUUCGCUCAAAAAUGACUUCCAGUCCCCGCCAUCUCCAGCCAUCACUCGCCACUCCUCAACAAGCUCCAGGAAGCGUCCUUCCCUGACGCGCUCAAAAUCUGACGUCAGCGACUGCUUUUCACGAGCAGGAGCAGAACUUGAGCGCUUCUUUAAUUAUUGUGGCCUUGACCCAUCGGAUUUAGAGGAGCUAGCGAGACCGCGUUCUGACAUCGUGUCUGUUUCACGUCUACGUAGCGCCAGUGCGCCGGCAUCUGAGCGUUUGGCUGAGGGUGAAGAUGAGGAAGAAGCAGCAGCAAAAGAUGAACGUCCUGUUUACGGUGUGUCGGUCAUUGAGAGAAAUGCUCGAGUGAUCAAGUGGCUUUAUGGGAUGCGCCAGGCCAAAGAGAGUCCCAAAGUGUCCGAUAUGUAACAGACAACAAGGGACUAACAAACAACCACUAUUCAGACUGAAAUCAAAUACAAAAUAUGUUGUACAAAUUGGUUACUUCCCCAUUCAGUAUUUUGUCUCUCAUCUGUAUAUUUUAGAGUUGUCUUGUUAAAACGGCUGUGCGUGUUUCAUAUAUAAUAGCUUAUGCUUGUAGCCACCUAUGUUCUCAAACAAUAACUAAGCAUGCAUGGUUGCAUGGUUAUGGUUGGUGACCACCAAUAAACUCUUAAACACAAUGCAUUAGUUGCAUAGUUGUCUUUUCAGCAAUGAUAGGUUAUACUUGACAGGCCAAAUCAAACAAUGACUUGAUUUUUUUUAUGCAUGCAAAGGUACUUGCGUCAUCCAAAAAAUAAUUUGUUUUACUGUUUACCUUAUUGCAGCUAAGCUUUAAUGAUUGUUUUGAAAUCUUGUAUCAUGCAGUGACAAAAAUAAUAUGUGAAUAUUUUUAAUGUUUGUCAAUGUGUUAAUACUCGUUGGUUCACUCAGUCGCAUCCGAUCUUUAUUAUGAGACAGAAGGAGGUAGGUAAACUUUGAUGUUUAGGUAACAUUUGGUGCAUUGAACGCAAUGGUACAUAACAUACUCCAUGUAUAAUUUGAGCAGAAGUGAGCAGAUUUAAUCUGGUGAGGGGUCUGUCAUCAAAUAGCAGUCCAAAAACCAAUGAUGUGUUGUACUGACAAAAAUGUCGCUUUAGCAAACUGGUCUUAAAGAAUGGGAAUAAAAAUGAAUUUACC